UAGGGGGGACCCCACUUUUCAGUGAAGUGACAGGCAUUUGCUCCAGCACCAACCGGGCCCUUCCCCCGGGAAGGUCUUGUGGAGGCUUAAGAGCAAACAGAACUAGGCCCUCAACUCCCCCUUCCCAAUAUAUUCAGUCCCAUAGACUCCAUUUCUGCCCCCAACCCCGCAACUCUACCCAGAAACUCUCUGCUUCUCCCAAGGCUGAACUAGGAUUGGGACCUCUCUGUGAAUCUUUCUAACUUUGUCACUGUCUUCCGUGACUGCCUGUCUCAGAUUCAGACCUUCCUGGACCAGCUCUGCUUCACUUUGUUGGCACAUCCCAGCACCGAGGUUGCCCAGAGCACACACCGGAGCCCUGAGGUACUCCCUCCAUCUUUGGAACACGCUAGUAAUUCAUUGAUAACAGGAAGUUAUGAGGGACCCUGUGAGUAGCCAGUACAGCUCCUUUCUUUUCUGGAGGAUGCCCAUUCCAGAAUUGGAUCUGUCGGAGCUGGAAGGCCUGGGUCUGUCAGAUACAUCCACCUACAAGAUCCAGGAGAGCAGCGUUGGCAAAACGACGGGGCAAGCAACUGGAGCAGAGCAGGAGAAGAACCUAGAAGACGAUGCCCUCCUUGAGUACAGCACCUUCAACUUUUGGAGAGCUCCCAUUGCCAGCAUCCACUCCUUCGAAUUGGACUUGCUUUAAGCCCAAGACCUCUCUCUUCCACCACUUUGCCCUCAUUGCCUGACCUUAAAACCCCCAUCCUUCCACCCUUUUCCCCUAUCAAUCUUGCUGUCUCCCCCUUACUGUGUUGAGGUGGUGCUGAUGAAUCUGCCUGAGUUGUGUUUUAUGUAUUUAUUUAUUUAUGUAUCUUACCAGUUUUUCCUCAAAAGUCCUCAAGUCACAAAGUAAAGGGUUCAAGCAAUGGAAUAUUGGGUCACAGGGAUUCUUUCCUUCCCCAGACAUUAAAUCCAGAAAAAAGACUGGUGAGGGCACCACCGAGUUGUAUAGCAGUGUAAAAUGGACGACUGAUUUUUAAGUUCAUUUUAAUCAGCUUUCAGAGAGUGCUCAAACCUUCCUAAUUUGUUGUUCCAAGCCAGGAAACACAAGUAUUUCUUCAGGGGUUGAUGAAAACCCUGUAAAUUCUGAUUAUCUGCUAUAAAACUGUAGGGUUUCUAAAAGGUUAAGGUGAUCCUGCUGCUUCUUGUGAUACACUUUUUUCUCAGAGAAAUUAGGGGCAGUUAAAGGUAUGAAACAAGAGGAAAUAACACAGUGUGGGAGAUGAUAAUAAGAGAAAAGCCCUGAAUCAUUUCAGAAACAGUUACUCUCUCAAAAGUUGUUCCUCCUUUAAGCCUACUCAAUUUACAAUUUUGCUCCUGUGGGCUGAAAACACUAGCUGAGGAAAAUCAGAUUUCAAAUCUUAAAAUGCAAUCUUGCUGUUAUGAUAAUUUGUAAGAUUUUAUUCAGUCUCUAAAAGGCAUAGGCAUGGGCCUUAGUAUUUUAGUUUGCCCUCUUGCAUUUGCAGUGUAGGAUACUGAUCAAAUGGGCCUUGGGCACAGUUCUUCAGCUACCUUGACACUAUGAAACGAACAAUCAACUCUGACCCUACCCACUCCUCCCCAAAUUAUUGCUGCUGAUUUGUGCUGCCAUUUAAUCACUUCUUUAAUAAAGAUAUUCAAUCCCAGGA